AUGGUUUUGGCUGAUUUGGGAAAGCGGAUCAACUCUGCUGUGAACAGUGCAAUUUCCAAUACGCAGGAUGAUUUUGCCACAUCUGUAGAUGUUAUGUUAAAGGGCAUUGUGACGGCGUUGUUGGAAUCUGAUGUUAAUAUUGCUCUGGUUUCAAAGUUACGAAAUAAUAUAAGGUCGCAACUGCUGAGUGAGAACCGCAGUGAGAAUUCAACGACAAAUGCGCAAACCAAGAAGCUUAUUCAAAAAACGGUGUUUGAUGAACUAUGUAAGCUGGUCACGUGUGGAGGUAAUGAAGAGAAGGCCUUUCUGCCCAAGAAGAGAAAGACAAAUAUUAUCAUGUUUGUCGGGCUGCAAGGUUCAGGUAAAACCACUUCGUGUACCAAGCUAGCCGUUUAUUACUCGAAGAGAGGUUUCAAGGUAGGUUUAGUCUGUGCAGAUACCUUUCGUGCCGGUGCGUUUGAUCAGUUGAAGCAAAAUGCCAUAAGGGCAAGAAUUCCCUUUUAUGGUUCAUAUACGGAAACUGACCCUGCUAAAGUUGCCGAGGAAGGUAUCAACAAAUUCAAGAAAGAAAAGUUCGAUAUCAUCAUUGUCGAUACUUCUGGUAGACAUCGUCAAGAGGAGGAGUUGUUUCAAGAAAUGGUUGAAAUUUCUAACGUCAUCAGGCCUAACCAAACUAUCAUGGUUUUGGAUGCUUCCAUCGGUCAAGCUGCGGAGCAGCAAUCAAAAGCCUUCAAAGAAUCAUCUGAUUUUGGUGCUAUUCUAUUAACUAAGAUGGACGGCCAUGCAAAAGGUGGUGGUGCAAUUUCAGCUGUCGCGGCCACUAACACCCCAAUUAUCUUCAUUGGUACUGGUGAACACAUCCACGAUUUGGAAAAAUUCUCACCCAAAUCGUUUAUAUCCAAACUACUAGGUAUCGGCGAUAUUGAAAGUCUCUUUGAGCAACUACAGACGGUUUCCAACAAGGAAGAUGCGAAGGCUACAAUGGAAAACAUCCAAAAGGGUAAGUUCACCCUGUUAGAUUUCAAGAAGCAAAUGCAAACCAUAAUGAAAAUGGGUCCAUUAUCAAAUAUAGCACAGAUGAUUCCGGGUAUGAGUAAUAUGAUGAAUCAAGUAGGAGAAGAAGAGACUUCUCAAAAGAUGAAGAAAAUGGUCUACGUCUUGGAUUCCAUGACCAGAGAGGAACUAGAAUCUGACGGUAGGAUGUUUGUCGAACAGCCUACCAGGAUGGUUCGUGUAGCCAAGGGUUCAGGUACAUCUGUAUUUGAAGUGGAGAUGAUAUUAAUGCAACAGCAGAUGAUGGCGAGAAUGGCACAAACGGCAACACAACAACAACCAGGUGCUCCUGGUGCCAAUGCUAGGAUGCCAGGUAUGCCAAACAUGCCAGGUAUGCCAGGUAUGCCCAAUAUGCCAGGUAUGCCAAAGGUAACGCCACAGAUGAUGCAACAGGCACAACAAAAGCUGAAACAAAACCCAGGCCUAAUGCAAAAUAUGAUGGGCAUGUUUGGUGGAGGUGGAAUGGGAGGUGGAAUGGGCGGUGGAAUGCCCGAUAUGAACGAAAUGAUGAAGAUGAUGCAAGACCCACAAAUGCAACAAAUGGCAAAGCAAUUCGGUAUGGGUUAA